ACCACAUUUUGAGCCCAUAGGGUGAGAAGUGACCGUCAGGACAGAGCAGACACAACCUGACCGCUACCGGCACAUUUUAGCGCCCCAUAACAGUGCUGCAUAUUUAAUAUUAAUUUAACUAUCCUGUGUUAUAUAUAUUGUUUUGUCUACACUAUCUUUGGUUAGAAACGGGGCCAUGUACUUCCUGGAUGAUGGCCCCUAGAGACUGAAGAAAAUGAUGCAUGUAGUAAGUGUUAGCACACGUGUUUUGAGUGAACCCAUAGUUGUUUUGUUUUUACUAGCUUGGUAUCGCCACACCCUGAAGAAGGCACACCUGAUAUUCUUUUUUAAAUGUUUUAUGUUAGAAUUAUGUUCUCAGAUGUUCGCCCACCUUUGGAGAGGUGUGUUGCAACAGGGACACAUGGAAAUGUUUCAGGACACCGGCCCUCGAGGAUUGCAGUUUGAGACCCCUGGUAUAGUGUGAAGAAAAGUUACAAUGUGGUAUAUAAAUGUAAAACAACAGAAGCAGACCGAUACGGACUGAUGGUGGGAUUACAGCAGAGGGCAGAACAGAUGAAGGUGUGCAGGCUGGCGUUCGGCAGGGGAGGUCGUCCACAUGCUUUGUCCUCCAGUGAGCGCGGCGCUGCAGAGGGCCAAACCAUUGCAGUCGUCGCUUCUGGAUCAGCUGUUCCAGCUCUAUUCCUACCUCCCCCUUCCUCUCUACCUUUCUUCUUCAGUCUUCCUGUCUUUUCCACUUCUUAGAUUUCCUCUCUGCCUUCUUUCCUUGUUGUCCUUCCUCUUUACAUGUCCUUACUUCCUUUCUGUUUUCAUCCCUCCUUGUAUUCCUGUUGUACUUCGUUUUCUCAAUUUCUUCUUCCCUGAUUGCCCACAUUUUCCUGUCCUUCUGCUUUUCCUGUCUCCCUGUAUCCCUUCCCCUCCCUCCCUCUCUCCUUCUCUUAUCCCUUCUUCCACUCUCUCCCUUUCCCUCCCUCUGUCUCUAUCUUUUUCCCUCUCUGUAACUUUUCUGUUUUUAAUCCCUCUUCCUUUCUUCCUCCCUCUCUUCAUGUCUUCUUCCCAUCUUUGUCUCUUUAUUCUUUCCUGUUCUCUCUCUCUAUUUUCCUCGCUCCUGCUCUGUUUUCUUCCCUCUUCUUUUUCUGUCUUCCUCCCUCCCUGUACUCCUGUCACCCUUCCUCUCUUAACAUCUUCUUCCCUGUUUUCUUCCUGUUAUCUCCUCAGUCUUCCUCAGUCUUUUCUGUCUUCCUCCUUUGCUCUUCUUGCCAUCUCUUCAGUUUUCAUUUGUUUUCCUCUAUUUUUGUUUUUUGUUUUCCCCUCACCUCUGCCUUCCUGGUUUUCUUCCUUCCUCUUCAUUUUUUCCUUUUUUUCCUUCCUGUCCCCCUCCCUUCAUUGUUGUUCUUUGUCUCUACAUGUCCUCCGUCUUUCCAUCUUCCUUUCUCCCUGUUUUCCUUUCAUCUUUUCUCUGUUUCUUCCUCUCUGUUAUUGUUGCUAUCUUCCUCCCUCCCUUGUUGUCUUCUUGUCUUCUUCUCUUCGUCUGUUUACCUCUUUCUUUCCUCCUUCCUUUGCUCUUUUACUGUCUCCCCCUCCCAUUCUCCAUUUCCCUCACUCUCUACCUCUCCCUCCCUUCCUUCAUCUCUACCUGUCCUGUCUGUCUUCCUUCCUGUAUUCCUGUCAUUCUCCAUCUCUUAACGUCAUCUCCUGAUUUUUGUGUUUUCUUCUCAGGCUUCCUCUGUCUUUCUGACCCCCCCCCCAUCCCUGUCUCUCUAUCAUGUCUUCUUCCCCGUCUUUCCCUUUUGUCUUCCUGCUUUCUGUUCUCUCCAUUUUCCUCACUGCCGCUGUUUUCUUUCCUCUUCCUGUUUUUCUGUCUUGCUCCCUCUGUGUAUUGCUGUCACCCUUCCUCUCAAUGUUCUUCCCUGUUAUCUUUUUUCAGUCUUUCUCUUUCAGUAUUCCUUCUUUUUUCCUCUAUUUUUGUUUUUCUUCCCUCAUUUUAUUCCUACCUCCCCCUCCCUCUCUGUUUCCCUCUUCCUCACCCUCUUCCUGUCUUCCUGUUUCUGUUUUCCUCUCUGCCUUCAUUCCUUUUCUUUCUUCUUACAUGUCCUUUCUUUGUUUCCAUCCCUCCUUGUAUUCCUGUCAUCCUCCCUUUUUCUUCUGUCUUCUUCCCUCACUUUUUUCCAGUUUUCUUCCCUGACUCUGUUUUCUCCAUUCUUCCCCCCCCCCCCCAAUUCUUUUUCUGUAUUCCUCCCUCAUAUGGUUGUGCGAUAUGACCAAACUCUCAUAGUGCUUUUUGUAUAAAUUCAGUGAAUCUCAGGCAACUCGACUUGUGUGACGUGUUUUCAGCUGGGCGUCGUGUACCUGGAGUCCAGUCUUUUGACCGAUGCAUGAAACUAUACAUUUUCAGAGGUUAUUUGUAAUGGCUGCCAUGUUCUGUGUAUUUAUUACUUGGCGUGCUGCGGGGAAAAGCCUGUUCUAACGUUUGGGUCUAAGGGUUAUUUUGAGCACCUGACAGCUCUUUCUUGCUUCUCAUCUGUAAACUCUCUCCAUGCUCUUUCACGUGAUUCU